AGAGCAUGGAAAUGUUCAAAAACAUGCGUUAUCUAAAAGUAAUUUAUACUUUUACCAAGUCUAAUCACAGUCUCCUGCAGCAAGAAUUCACGUCGCGUAUCUUUAAUAAGUGAGAUAAACUACGCUGUUACCCUUUCCUCGCAAAAAUAUCGUCAUUGUUUAUUUAAGGUUAUGUCAUAAUUUCUAUCGCAAUUGGUCAAAUAUAGUGAAAUAAAUCAGUAAAAACGUUAGGACCUGACCUUUGUACUGUUUUGGAGUGAAAUAAUUUUAUUUUUCUGUGGUUUUUGUUUAUUUUAAUAUAUCAGUCCUAAAAAUAUGCUGCCAACGCGAAACAUCAACAGAGACCCAUAUUUCGUGUGCCAGUUUUAAAUUUAUCAAUGGAAUAAAAACAAAAUUAGUAAAAUGGAUUACCCUGAAGUCGAGGCGAAAUUAGUCCUCGAAGCUGAGACUGUGUUUCUCUUAAUGAAAAAGGGUUUUCCCAUAUCACGGAAUGUGAGAGCUCAGUGGAAGAUAGAACAUUUAGAUACAGUCGUAGCAAUACAAGAAACUGCAUUUGAAAAUGAAGAGACUCCAGAACUGGAAAUUGUCUCAGUAGUUCCAAAAGAAAUACCAGCCUCCUGGAGUGCUGAUAAUAGCCAUAAAUUUUUUUAUCGAAUAUCGUCGACGACUUCCCUGAUAUUUCUAGCACAUAAAUACAGAAUGGUCUUCAGUUUAGAUCUGAGUCCAUCACUUGCUACUAUAGACGUUCAAAAUGGGCAAGUUGUGAUCGACGAGGUAUGUCAAGCCACAAAAAGAUGUCUGGAAGGAAUCACUAGACCGUUUAUAAUCCCUGGGAGUACAAGACUGAUGAAGCCGGAGAUUUAUGUAACAGUGAUAGCCCAUACGCCUUUUUUUUCGAAUCCAGCUCAGCAAGUUUUAGUGCAGGGCUGGCUAGUCACCAUGGGAAAUCUUGGUUCUCUCAUGCAUUUUAUAGAAAAACAAUUAAGCAUUUUGGAGGAAAAAGUGGCACAAGUCACGGGAGUAGUGAAUCAACAAUUGGAACACCAGAGGGCGGAAAGUGAAAGAUUGGUCGGAGGUCUUUUUGAAGAGGGAGGCACGAGUAUAGGAAAUAAUAACAAUAAUAAUAACAGCAAUAACAUGUCGAGCAUGUCCAUGGUUUCACCGGAGACUAGUUUUGUUAAUAUGGUGCGAUAUGGGAUGCUGGCUCUUUCUCUUCUGCCAGAUCAUAGUUGUGCUCAUUUAGUUAUUGUAACUGAUGGUAUUAUUGGAGUUACGGACGCUAAUGUAAUGGAUUCAGUGAUACAACAAUUACGAGCGACUACUGUUGCCUGUAGUUUUUUACACGUUGGAAGUUCAUAUCAUCCUCAUUGUGCGAAUGGAUUAGUUCCUUAUGAAGAUAUACUCAUUUUUUUAGCUACUGCUACUCUAGGAACAUAUUUUUCCUUCAUUCCACAACCGAUACCAAACGACGAUAUCGACAUGAACAUUUACCACAGAAAUUUUUUCUGCUGGCAAUUAUAUCGUGCUUUGUGUUAUGAAAAAGGUCCCUUGAGUUCAAGUGACUGGCAUAUGAAGAAAUUUCUAUUUCACGGAGACGAUUUCCCUCACAUAUUGAGGAAAAAGCAGAUUGAUGAGAAAGUCAAAUGCACUUUGAGUAGUUUAUUGUGCUGUCGAUUACGUGAAGGUUACAUGAUAAAGACAAUGAAUCUGAGGGAAGAUUGCCUCGAGAUUUGUUUCGUUUUGCCUUGGAAGACACACGUUUUUUUAGAAUUUUCAAUCUCAUGCCCGUGGCAGAAACGAUCGAUGGCGAUUUGUAAUACAAUCACAUAUACGAUAACGAUAGGAGCUACCUAUGAAUUUUUGCACGACAUCACCUGCUUAUCGAAAAAGCCUUUGAAAUCUCAAUAUCGACAGCGAGUCGUUUCGCGAUUUUGGGCUGCACUAACUUCUCUCACGGAAAGUGACAACAUGCUUUCUCAUUUUAGUUGGUCUCCAGGUUUGGGCUGGACUUGGUACAAUGUUCCUGACACAAUAAAAAGCGGCAUGCCGGUUUUUUACCUCCCUACUUACCCUUCUGCUAGUAUCACUCAACUUAGUGAUGCAGCAUGUCCCCAAUUCGGUCAAAUUUGGCAGCCUGUCGUCUCCCUGGAGCCUCAACAGUGGGCACGUUGGAUGCAUUGUCAAAGAGUGACACUAGUUUUGUGUCACGAUAAGCCUUUGCCAAAACACCUCCAUCAGGCGAAUCAAAGUGGUCGCUUUCAGUCGGUUCAAUAUCGACAAGCUGCAGCCGCACUCUACGGAAUGUUAAAAAAUUGGGCGACUUUUGUCCUCGUGGACAAUCACACUUACGUCCAGUUUAUUUACCGAGAAAUUGACAAACCACCGGUCUCUUUUUCGCUGAUAAACGUCAAUUGCAGAGCACUCUGUAUGGUUCUGAAUAUCGCAUUUGCCGGAGGAACGGAAGGAGUCGUCAGGCAUAAUGUUCUCACGGAUUUGCGGGAAAGACUCUCGAAAUUAACGUUGCCGAGUCGACCGACUGAUCAGAGAGAAACGCCCUGUUGUACGAUAAUACAUAAAGCCUUGGAGAAAAUUCUGAUUCGGUACGAGCGAAUGCCGACGGAUUUGAGCACGGUUAAAUUUCCGGAUGGCACUCAACUCUUGCCGAGAAAUUCGCUAAUUUCGGGUGGUAAUUUGACGAGCACACUCUCGAGGUAUUUGUACCAUGGCCGGUGGUUGUGGUUCGUCAGGAAACCGUUCGUUCAGACGAUUCCGGCAAUCAGUUUGCCGAGGUUGAAUAUUGCUGCGAUUGCUAGGAUUCUUUCCACGAUCACUAAAAUUCGUCUUUCUGAGGGAUUCAAUUUUGCCUAUUCCGCAGCAGGUAUUAUAAAUAUGGUACGAGAAGUGCAAAUGCGAGGACCAGAAAAUGAUUCUUUACUGUAUCCAUGUACUAUUCAGUACAUUUUAUUUCCACCGCAUGUGGUUAUAAAUCCGGCAAUAGAACAGGAUACUGGAUCUGAGGAUACAGACGAAGGUACAGGGGACGGAGAAGGUGGUACGGAAGAUUGCGAAAGUUCUGGGGAUUUUGAAAUCGUCACGGAAAUUUGGGUCGAGCCACAAUGUGGCCACGUGCAAAUUCCUCCGCAUCACAAAGCUGCGUACAUGAAUUCUCUGCAGUAUCAUCAAUUACCAGACGCUAUUGCUCACGUAGACGAAGAAUGCAUAAACGCUUUGUUAACCCUCGAGCACUUGAGCCUCCUGAGUCAAAUUGUUCCUUCCGAAAGGAGUUUGGACAUCAUGACUGGGCAAGGAUAUUUAAAUCAAGGCAUGAUCAGCAGACCGAUCAAAAAACCGACACAAACAGAUUUUCUAGAAGGCCCGCCUUCUGUCGAGGAACGAAUUCAUUCCAUGGUUUUUCUUUUCGAUACGCUCAACAUCUUGCCAAAAUGCCAGCAGGCUGAGCUUUUAUUUUCUAUGUUUGAUGAUGGCCUACAUAAUGCAGACCAUGAAGAGGAGAAUGCGAAUCGAAUAUUGAUCGACGGAUUUUUAGAUCAUAUCAAGAAUCUGCACAACAAGGAAUUACUUCUUACGACCACGGAAUCUCAAAAGUUUACUGAAAUGAUAGCCAAUCGUUCUAGAGAUGAAGAAUCUCACAUUCCUUAUUUUCAUACAGCUCAAGACGAUGAUAAAACUACACGUGCCACUCCACAGUGGAGAUGUUUUGUAAAAGGUGUGAGUACAACUCACGUGAUCCUAUCAAUUUUACCCGCUACGGAAAAAGACGUGAGACUUCUGAUGUAUCCAGAAGAAGAUGUCCAAGACCUCUACCUGGGAACUGAUUCCAAUUUACAUUAUGAAUCCUUGAAUUCAAAUUUUGAUCUCAGAGACACAAAUUUAACGCCAGUGCCUUAUGGAAGAAGUCAACCCGAGAAUGACUGUGCAUCUCCUAAUCAAAAUUUUGAUGAUUUUGGAUCUAGCAUUUCGAGCCGAACGACUACAGCUCACAGUACCCCAAAACCGGAAGCCUAUCCAAAAGUAACGGAGGAAAAUCCGAAACGCGGACUGAUUCUUCCCAUUUAUGUUUACGAUUGUUCCCUAGCUUUGUUGAUUGAUUCCCUGGUGGAGAAGCUUCCAUCUCCUAGAGCCAAAGACGUUUUCAGAGAUUAUACAUUCAGGAUAGGGGAACAUUUUCAAGAAGAGUUUAUUAAUUUGAAGUCGGCCGGGGACACGAAACCGUCGUCACCUGAACCUAAGAGCGAGGAUUCUGAUAAUGUUUUAAGUGAUCAAAAAAGUCUGAUGGAACACUGCAAGACUUUGAGUUUAGCUCACUGUCGCUGUUAUGUCAUGGCCGUCUACAAGUCUUUAAUUCUUCAACGACCUUUGAGUUAUGAAGACAUUGAGGCUGCAGUGGAACAAUGCGAGGAAAAUUACAUGGAAAUAAACAUCACAGAUUACUUGCGUUCAGUCUGCAAGCAUUUGAGCACUUCCUCAGAGGAAAAUUUGGAUUCGUAUUCUGGGCCUACAACCUGUAGCGACAUUCAGUCUUUUCAUAAUCUAAUCAAAAAUAAAUUUGAGAGGAUAAUUAAUGUCGCUUUUCGACCCGUACCGGCCCAUCCGGAAUUUUAUUUUUGCCUCCCAUCGUGGCCGCCAGAGAGAAUUGAUCCAACAGACUCGCAGAAUACUGAUAGUGAUGAUGAAUUGGAAGGUUUCACUUUCCAUUCUGAAGGCAUGGACUGUAAGAUGAACUCUUGUUCCGGAAAAGUUAUAGUCAAUCCAACAAGUGUUACUUGGCCAGUCGGUAAGCACACCGGACCCAAACUCUCAAGUAGUCACUCAACAGAAUCUUUCAUCAGCGAUCUGCACAUAGACACAGAGCCUGGAAAAGAGCAUCCACUCUUCCUCCAACUAAACUGCUCGGUUCGUAACCGCUCAAGUCUCUCUAGCACACCUGUUAAACUCCUUCCAACUUGCGUUACCGAAAUAAUGCAAAAUUUCGACGACUACGGUGACCACAAAGUCACACUGGACAUCAUCUGUUUGUACCUUCCGAAAGAAGUUUUAGAAGUGAGUUCAGAACGGCUUCCAGGAUUGAGAACAACAUCCUUCUGCAGCGCCUCUCCUCAUGGAAGUUUGAGAACCGAACACAGUAACAGUUUCAGCAAUGGAGCGGAUUUUUCAGAAGUUGAAGCUGUACAGGCUGGAAUAGCUCAUCUUCCUCUUUAUCAGUAUGCGGCGAUUACACAUCUGAAGGAAGAAAUCGAUUGGCUCCUUCAAGACGAAACUGCAACUGCUCUUCUGGACAAAUCCUCUCCCAAUGAAGACACUUUGAACUUUGUGGCUCGUCAUGUCUCAGAGUCCAAUGAUAGGACGAGUUGUUACACGGAAAAAGUUCCUCUUCAUUUCGUCUUUCCGUCGCAAAAUAGUGUUCCGAAAUUUUUGGAAGAACUGACGAGGCUUGAGAUUGAUAGGUACUGCAUAAGACAGGAAGGAAGCCUUUUCUAUUUCGUUAAGAAUCUGGAUCCACACGUUUGCAGUGCUGAUUCGAGUGGAGAACAAAGAAGCGAGGAAUCGGUCGAGCAGAAUGUCUUUGAAGGAGACGAAAUCUAUCCAGAAGUUGAGAAGCCGGAUAGCAACCAAGGUUCCGAGGGUCGACCUAAAAAGCAAGAUUCAGGAGAUCCACCAGGAUACCUUUCAGAAAUAUCGAGUAUAGGCGACGGACAAAUUGGCACCGACGAUGGUUACGAUGGCGACAGUAGUGAUUCCGAAGAUGAGUGUCAAUGGCUUAUUGAAAUGGACAAACGUAGAAAACUUCUCCCCAAUUUUUGGUUGAUUCUCCGCGUAGAGACGACCCACGUCAACGUCUACUUUCACUGCCGAUUUCUAGAACUAGCUUCCUCGGAAGUAGCUCACUAUCAGCAGAUCCAGAAACUAGUAGUCGCUCAAAUCAAAGCCAUUUGUCGCCGGGUGAAUCAGUACCUGCUGCUUCAUCGUCUCAACGACACUCGUCUCUGCGAUUCGCUCCUCGAGCCAGAAUCGAGUGAAGAUCACAAUUGGAAAGCUGAUUCCUUCAGCGAAGGCAGUGGAAUCAUCCAAAAUCACAAUACGGCGAUGAACGUAACACCAGGAAUGUUCAGAUGUCCCGUCGUCUGGGAAAUGCCUUUUUGUUUACACCCGAGGCUAAAAACCGGACCUGGAAGAUCCGGACUCUCACGAGGUAUCAAAGCCUUGCAUGGAGUCUUGAAUCGGCUUUCCGUAAACAACAGAAGUAACAUGUUCGUUUACAGGGAGAAUAAUGAUAACGUCUUUUAUCUUCGGCUUCAUGAGCAAACAAGUGAUGGCAAGUCGUUGCAGAACAAACUUUCGGAGAGUGAUGAGAGACUCGUGGUUUCAAGAAGCAGCAGUAUCGCUUCAUUGUCUCAAGUGAGAGGAACCAGUCUUUUGAAUGAGAUCAUUCUUGAUGAUACGAGGCCCAGGGUCCGAUCCUUUGGAGAGAGAGAAUCAGAUGUUUUGAGUAAAUCAGGAGAUUCGAUUGUGCUGAUGGUUCAUGGGAUUUCUGAAGCUGGGCCUGAAAUCAGAUGCGAGUUGGUACAAGUGUUGCAGAAUCGGUUGGAUGAUGCAGUUCUGGAGGUUCUUUCGGUGAUGCUGGCGAGAAAUCCGAUGUGUAAACUUACUCCGGCUGAUGUUCAUUUUAUUCAGAAGCCUUACAGGUCACCAGAGAGUGUUGUCCGACUUACUGUCCAGCCGCAUUGUUUGACUCAUAUGUGCGCAUUGGGGUACUAUCUGCGACAGAAUGUUUUGCAGUUCCUCUACAUACCGAAGCACACCGACCCCCGUGCUCACUAUCAUUUCCAAGAUUAUUCCCAACCAGAAAGUUCAGCAAAAAGAAUAUCCGAGUCAGAAAUCUUCCUUUAUAAUCAGACCCAGUCGAGUGGAAGUCGAGGAAUUGCUUGUAUAGCAAUGGGAAUAGUGAACGCCAAAGGUGAAUUAAUAGCCACUCAAAAUGACGCAUUUCGUGCAUCUCCUUUCUCCCAAUGUCCCAGGGUCCAAGACUUUGAAAAAAUCGUUCUAACAUCCGUUCACGAUGAUAAAUCCGAAGUUGCAUCCGAUGUCGAGGCCUUGAUCGAGUUUAGGAUAUGGAAGCAGGGAAGAGUCAAUCUCGAGGCGCUCGUUCAGAAAUUAAAAUCCGCUGUCCGACAUGCUAUCUGGGAUCUGGUGACAGAGUACAACUUGUUGCCAACUGUUCUCACAGUUCCUCUCAAAGAAAAUGUGAAAGAAGCUCCAAGUGCAGCUCUCCAGGAAUCAGGAAAUCGAAUUUCUCUGGAUCUCAGGAACGAGAAUCUUCAGAGUCCUAGAAAAGAAGGCGAAUCCGGAACCGAAACUCCUCAGCCUUCUGGAAGUGAAUUUGUUCAGAGUCUAGUUGCUGAAAUUCUGAAUAAUUCCGGAAACGAAGUUUCGCAGGAUAAUUCGGAAAGUUCCGAGGGUUUUGAUAACAAGCAGUACGACCUUGGAGAAGAAGGCAAACUUCACCAGGUCUACCAUGCAAUUCUGCCGUACUGGUUCCAGUUCGCCCUGGAGAUGAAUGUGCCUGCUGUGAAAAAGCAUGUUGUGACUCUGCAAAAAAGACACUCAUUGUCAGUGACCUUGAGAGAACUGCAGAAUAUUAUCCGAAGUAAUGCGUCAGAUACUUCGACGAGAACUUUUGUUCAGAGUAGGCGGCAGCCUUUUGUGGAGAGUGAGAUGGAGGAGGAUCCGCUGGCUUUCACGGUUUUCGAAGGUGCGGAUAAUGUUAACAAUGUGUGGCUGAAGAAAGCCCAGGAACAGGAAAAUGAGAAUGAGGAUGAGAGCGUUUAUCUGCCCUGUGACUUUUUUAAGGAAGAGCAAGGAAUCUAUGUUAAGAGUAUUCUUGUCGCGCGAAACUUCCAGCAGUGGAAAGCGUCUUUUGCUCGGAAAGUCGAGUCUGAACAACUGGUGCCUAAAGAUCAGAAAUUGCUACAAAAGUUUAAUCCAUUGAUUUUGGAAUCAAACUUCGUACCCAGACAACGGCUACUGCUUGCAAAGAUUCAGAGUAAAAAUAUCGUUCUCUACAUGUAUAACUGGUCGAAGGAAAGAUCAGAGAAAUUGGUGAAGCAGGCUACGAAUUUGGGAACGUGGCUCUCAUCAAGAUCUACACUUUAUUCGAACAUAAUAAUGCAGAAAUUGGGAAUAUUUCACCACCAACCAACAGAGCAGGCUGAUAUUCAAUAUUCACAAGUCGCAGAUAUGGAGAACCUAGCAAAAUUCACUCAAGCCUCGCCUGUCAGGACACAAUCUGGAAAGAACUCUUUCUCCUGGAAUCACUUUAUGGGUCAAGUAAUGAGAGAUGCGAAACCGAGUGGCCAACAUCCACCAAACACAACUGAUCCGGUUGUCAAAGCGGCGCACGAUUUCCACGAACUUCGACAUCGAGAGAAAAAGAAACAAGAUGAACUGAACCGAUUGUACACAAUGUGGCAAAGUCGAAGCACGGUUCCAAAUAUUCCGAUUUCGUCGAUGACUCUAAACACCUUCAAGCAACAUUCUAGACUCCUUCAUUAUUGUCACACUCCACUAUUGUUUCUACCCUCCUGGCGCUUGCAAUCUGCUGCUACUCGAGAUCAUUCUUUGACUCCAUCCUCGUCAAAUGUGUCAGACAGUCUCGCUCAUCUCAAAAUUUCGAUCCACAAAUCGCAGAACAGAAAUUCAGGUGGAAAUAAUUACGUGAUUAAUGAGUGGCACAGAGAAUUGUGUGCUUAUAUGCUUUCUGAGUACAAACAGUAUUUGCAGAUUCUGGGCUUCAAUCCGGUCCAUACAGAAACGUCACACAGAUCGGAUCGAGAUAAUCUUCAGAACCAGACAUUUUAUUUGAAGAAAUCGAUGCUCGGAGGUGUUCUGUUGUUUGAAAUCCACCUUUCCGAACCCUUUUUUACCGUAAAACUGAGAGUAAUUGAAUGUAGCCGUCUGCAAUUGAAAACUAGUCCUCUAGUCAAUCAGUUUUUGUUGAGUUUCGUCGACGCCUGUGAUAAAAUAAAAAUCAACAUGCAUUUGCACUCAUUCACGUACGACUUUCAUCUUCGAUCCAUUCAUUCAUAUAUCGCUGGAACUGGUCAUUGGUCUCUUCGACAUGGAUACCAUCUUACUCAUUUUCUUGACGAUUUCAACAAGUACUACAGCAAGGCACCAAAUUACGCGAGAAAUUUGGUUUACAGCGGAGUGAUAACUUUGAGCAACUUGGCAACACCAGCUCGUACACUCUACUCCUAUCUCCUCUCCCAUGAAAAAGCCUACGGAAUGCAAGUCUUCAGCAUGUCAGACGAGUCAGAAGAAGGCCAAGACUCGGAGUAUGUCCUAGUGAAGCUACAAAGCACCCCUCUAGUCAGUUACUGCGACGCGCAGGAUACAAAAUACACCGACGACUUCGAUGUGGCCCUAAUAGUCUCCCGUCUCGACGAGUUUCCCCAUUCCGAAAGCAACGAGAUCACCUUGAAGUACUACCUCAUGCUGACCAGCAAACGAGAACUCUACCCAAAACGAGACCUGGAAAACAACAAACUCGGCAAAUUUCGAACCGUCUACAGUGUUGGGAAAUCCCUCACCAACUCCCAAGUCGAGAGUCCUGCCGAAUCCAGUCCAGCCUCGACUCUGCUCUCUUCCUCCAGGAAACAUUCCAAAUGCGAGUUCAUCUCCAGCACCAUCGACCUGCGAGAGGAAACUGCGGAGGCUCUGGAUGCUGGCGCUAAAACGGAAGAUGAAGUGGAAGAGAAGGAGGCGGAAGCUGAUGAGGAAGAUCUGGAUAAUCCCCUGGCACCAACGCCACCACCAGUACCCGAUUGUCCACUCACACAGAGUAUUCUUGAUGCUUCCUCCUCGAAUCUCCUCCAGAUCCGGCAGGAAUCGAUCAAUUAUCUGGGUUAUUAUUCAUCCCACGAACAACUGAUGCAGCAGCUGAUAAUGUCUCAAGCCCAGGCGGCCAGGGAACACAUUACCAGCAUGAUUGAACAAGGGGCUUUGCACUGCAGGACACAUUUAUUGUGGAACAAGCUACUGGAGAGCAAAUCAACGAUGUCCUUGGCAGAGUUCACGGAACUUCGAUCUCUGUCUUGUGUGGAGCCUCUCUCGAGCCUGGACUCUAGGCUGGAUCCACUUGUUAAUCAACCGGUGACGUGGUAUCAAGCCUUGGCGAAGGUUCUUCAGAAUAAAUACCAGGAGUAUCACAAGCAGUUUAACACUCCUGAUGGGAAUGUCACGCAUCAUCUGAUUCUUCAUCCGAGUUAUGUACAGGCCUUCAUGAUGCUGACGAUCGACCUCCACACUUCACGAGGAGAACUCUGCGCAGUUUAUCGCAAGUCGGUCGAAAAUGCAAGUUCCCCUUUCAGUGUGGGCGAUGUUUACAAUCUGGUCGAAGGAUUCGUGAACGCUUGCUGCUUCCAUUUGUGGAUGGGACUGUAUAAUUAAUUAAUCCUAGAAAAGUGGGACGAUGGUACCUGAAGUGUCUUUGAGAUGCUGAAAUUUGAUUAAAAGUUUUAAGCCUGUCUUAAAAAUCCCCAAGGAAGGAUUUAUUGAAAUGUACUUCUUUUGGCCUAUAUAGGCUCAUUGUAAAAUUAUUUCUAACAUGUGAUCCACGCACUCGUUACCGUUUUAUAACAUUGUAUGUAAUAUUUCUGUAAAUAAAAUAAAUAUAUUUUCUUGUUAAA